AUGGCUUUGAAACUAAUUUAUGUGUUACCUCAAAAAUUUUUGGGUGUUAUUCCACUUUAUAUUGGUGUGGAAUUAAUUUUGGGAGUGGCUAUUCUUAAUAAGGCAGGUGGGGCCUACGGUGUGCUAUCAAUUAUUACUGGACAUCCUAUCAACUUUUUACAAUGGCUAUACAAUUUGUUGGCAUUGUUGGUGUUGCCGUUCUAUAUAUACGGUUUGUCAAAUUUGAGAAAUAGAUCUAAGAAUGUUAAAACAACCUCACUUACGUGCAUGAUUUAUAUCAUAGAUACUAUCGUUGGAUCUUUUUAUACCAUCUAUUUCAUUUACUUUUGGUUCAGUCACGAAGACAAAGCUGUUUUCAAUGAUUCGACAUCCCAAGGUGUGAAUAGGAGAGAACAGGUAGACUAUGGUGAGAAUCGAAUUGAAGAGAGCAAGCUGAAACCUGGAGAACUCUCUUCUGGCUCGGCAUCUCCUGCGAGGGAGCUUUUUGUCACUCUUAGUACUGUUUUGGUAGUCACUACAAUACGAAUCUAUCUGACCUUAGUGAUUCUCUCAUUUGAAAGGGCCCUUUUGAAGCAAGAUUCGAUUUCGAGAAGAUAUGAUAAUGAUUCAAUGUCUGAAGAUCGUCUGAAUAAUUUAUCGUCACUUCAAAAUGAGGAGGGACGGUUGCAUAAGUUGUGGGAGCUAGUAAAUAGGAUGGAAGUCAAAUCAGUCUCAAUUUUACAAGACUUUUUCCAUGGAGCCUAA